CCCUCCUCCCCGGGAAGUCCGUGGCGCGGACGCACACCGCUCUGUCGGAAGCGCGGGAGUCUUGGUUGGUACUGGCUCCUUUUGGGCAGCUGUGGCGGCGCUGCCGUUAGAGUCCUCACUUCCCGGAGACUUUCAGGCAGUUUGAGGCAAAAUGGUUCCGGGCCGAUGGGAAGGAAGCAGUGGCAAUGGAAGGGCCGCCGCGACCUCAGCCUCUCUGUAGGGAGGAAACUGAGGGCCCUUAAAGUCCCUGGGCCUGUCCUUUCUUUCUUUCCAUCACUGCCUACCGCGAGGAUGAGCUCGGCCGGGGUUCCCUCUUUCGAGAAGCAGCAUCUCUGGAUGUAUCUGCAAGCACUCGGCUUUGAACCUGGCCCGGCGACCGUCGCCUGCGGAAAGAUCGUAUCGCACACGCACCUCGGAGUGAAUAUGUUUGACAAGCUGAACCGUGAUGCCUUUCACAUAGUUUCUUAUUUUUUGUUUCAAACUCUGGAUCAGUCUCUCACCAAAGAAGUUUUCAAAUUUUGUUGGCCUCCAUUUGACCAAAAAAGUGAUACUGAAUUUCGGAAACAUUGCUAUGAAUGGUUAAAAAAGAUUUCUGCUGAAUGUGGAAGUAGCUUUCCUCAAGUUGUUGGUUCACUAUUUCUUUCUCCUGGUGGUCCUAAGUUCAUUCAUCUGAUGUAUCAUUUUGCAAAAUUUGUGGCAAUAAAAUAUAUUAAGGCCAACUCUAAAAAUUCUUCUGCACAUUUCACAGAGGCAUCUAAUGUAAAGCCACCUGAUUUGCAUAAAUGCAUUGCCAGAUGCCAUGUAGCACGUAACAGAUUUUUGCAAAUUUUGCAAAGAGAAGAUUGUAUUAUCCAAAAAUAUCAGGAAAAUGCACAAUUGUCAGUUAAGCAAGUACGAGAUUUGAGAUUAGAAUGCGUAGGACUGCAAAACCAAAUUAAAAAAAUGGAACCCUAUGAUGACCAAAGUAAUAUACAAGAGAAAAUUCAAAAGGUUCGGUCACUGUGGACUUCAGUGAAUGAAACACUCACGUUUUUGGAAAAAGAGAGAGACAUUGUUAGUUCAGUCCUUAGUCUUGUUAACCAGUAUACUUUAGAUGGAACUAAUGUUGCUAUUAAUAUUCCAAGGCUCUUACUUGACAGAAUUGAAAAACAGAUGUGUCAGUUGCACAUAGGAAAUGUUUAUGAGGCUGGAAAAUUGAACCUCUUAACAGUUAUUCAGUUACUAAAUGAAGUCUUGAAAAUAAUGAAAUAUGAACGUUGUCAGGCUGACCAAGCAAGAUUAACAGUAGACCUUCACUACCUUGAAAAAGAGACCAAAUUUCAGAGAGAAAGAUUAUCAGAUCUGAAGCAUAUGAGGAAUAAAGUAAAAGAAGAUCUCUUAACUAUAAGGCAUUCUAUUGUUGAAAAACAAGGAGAAUGGUAUAACAAGUGGAAAGAAUUUCUUGGUCUGUCUCCUUUCAGUCUAAUUAAAUGUUGGACUCCAGCUGUGGAUCUUUUACCACCUAUGUCUCCCCUUUCGUUUGAUCCUGCCUCAGAAGAAGUAUAUGCAAGGAGUAUUCUUUUUCAGUAUCCUGCCUCACUUCCAGAUACACCUAAGCAAUGUAACCAAGAAAAUGAUUACAGAAGAGAGAGUGAUAAACCAGGAGCUGUAGGUGAUCUACCUAGCAGCCCUGCUUCCUUCCUGUUGCAGUCAGCUUCAUUAUCAGAUAGAAACAGCAUUACACUACUUGAAAAGGACAUGAAGAUGAGAACUCCUAAAUUGGAAAGUGAAACAAUUUCUAAGAAAAUACCAGAAUUUGAAGUGGAAGACUCUUCAUUAUCAGAUAUUGCAAAGAAUACAGAGAGUAGUGCAUUUGGAGGGUCUCUGUCAGCCAUAAAAAGUGAUCCGUUCCAAAAAGAGCAAGAUCAUCUGGUAGAAGAGGUUGCUAAGGCAGUUUUAUCUGAUUCACCUCAGUUCUGUGAAGGAAAAGAAGUAAAAUUAGAGGAAUUGAUUGACUCUCUAUUUUCUAACCCAUUCUUAGCAAGGAACCAAAUUCCCCGAACUCCAGAAAACUUGAUCAGUGAAAUUAAGAGCUCAUGGAGAAAAGCUGUUGAAAUGGAAGAUGACAGAAGUACAGAACUGAUUCAAAUGGAUACUGAAAAUAGAGAAGUUUUGCCAGAAUCCUUACCUGUGUUGCAUAAUCAAACAGAAUUUAGCAUGACCAGUUUUCUCUCAACAACUCCUGUAUCAGAUUCUAGGCAGUCUCAUUUGCCUGAAGAGAAAGUUGUUCCAGAUGAUCUCAAGUGUGUGCCUCAGAAAUAUGUGGUGGCCAGUCACACAGAUGAACCACCAACACAGAAUCAGUCAGAUUUGUUAAAUAAGAAAAUAAUUUGCAAGCAAGAUUUGGAAUGUACAGCUUUACAGACCAAAACAGAGACAUUCUGCCCUGCUAUAGAAAAUAGGAUCGAUGUGGUUGGUGACAGUGAAGAGGAGCAUGUUAAAAUAUUGGACUACUUGCAUACUUCUUACAAAGAACCUUCUUUGCAUAAAACUGUGUUAUGGAACUCUUUUCAGGUAUCAGGUGGAAUUAGUUCUAAGAGUUUCCAGGAUAUUGAUUUUGGCAUAUUACAUGAAACGCUUCCAGAAGAAGUUGGUCACCUAAGUCUUAAUAGCUCCAAUAAUACAGAGGCCAAUUUUAAAUUGGAACCAAAUAGUUCUGUGCACAGUGGAGAUGCGGAAGAACAGCAGACUACUCCAAAUUCAGACUUCAGUUUGCAGGCUAUUUGCAGUAGGUAUGAGGCUCUUUCCAAGGCAAGGGAAGACUCUUCUCUCGCUUAUCCUGAAACACUUGAAAGACAUAAACCAGAAUUGAGCCUUACUGCCAGUAACCUGCAAACAGAUGAUAUGUUUAACUUUUUGGACACUUAUGAUUUGCAUAUUGACUAUACAAAACCAUCUUUACACAUGUCUCUCGAUGAAAGAAAACGGUCUCUUUCACCACUAAUUAAAUUUUCUCCAGUGGAGCAAAGAUUGAGAACCACAAUACCAUGUAGUCUUGGAGAAUAUCUACCUAAUUUAAAAGAAGAAGAAAUCUUGAAUAAGAGCCAUGAUGCAAAAGAAUCUCCGCCUGACUUGAAAAAAUGAGGCAGUAGCAUGCACUUGAAGUGAAACUGUGCCACAGAAGAAAUACCGAUUUGUAAUUUAUAUGUAAUUGGAAAUGUAACACUUUCUUUUUCAAGAUCUAAAAAAUCUUAAAUGCUUUUUACCCUCCUGUGAUGUUUUUAGGUAAGGAAAGUAUGUUUAGAUUUUCUCUAUUUGUAGAAAUAUGUGGAUGACAUGUGAAGUAUUUGGAAAGCAAAAUGGAGUUGAGCAAAGACAUUUUGAUUUUUUGAAUAAUAUGUAAGCAUUAAGUAAAAAUGGCAAACGUAGUAGUUUAAUCUGUUAUGUUAUAAUCUCAGUUCAUUAACGUAAGGAUGAAUAUUUUUUUAUGUCUUCAUUAAUUGGUUGAUAUAGUAGCUAUUGGGUAUACUGAUCUUUCCUUUUAGAACAAUAUACAUCUCUUGUUUCUUUGUGGAACAUUCUGGUACUAACAAAAAAAUGAGAAAAAGAGUGCCUUGGGAUGUGUCAUCAAGGUGAUAAAGCUUAAGAUUGAGAAAGCUCUACAGUGGCUUAAUGAUUAUUAAAGUAAAUUUGACCCUGAGAAAUGAUUUUUGAUGGAAUAAAGUGCAUGUGAUAAUAAGUGAAGACUGUUGCAAGAUGAAUUUGGAGAAAAGGAAAAAGAUAGAAGAUGAUGACUAGAUAGUUGAGGAACACUGUCAAACUAAAUCCAUUCAGUGGGUUGUAUAACAGACAUAGUUGGUCUAAUUUAGACUUUGAAAAUUUCAUUGAAUCCUAGUUUUAUAUUUUAACAGAAAAAAUGUAAAUUAAAGAAUUCAUUAGUUUGUG